AUGUCGGACAAGGCGGAGGCAUCCGCUGCCGAAAAUCAUUCCCAGAAUAGCGGCACUGCUAAACAUGAGGAAGAGGCUCCUGGGCCAUUGAAGCUGGACCCUCGCGGUCUGCCUUUAUCUCCACAGCCUACGGACGACCCGAAAGACCCGCUCAAUUGGAACCGUUGGUUGAAGCUGAUGGUUCUGGCCGAGGUCUCCCUUUUUUCGUUUCUUGCCUUGUUCAGUGCCUCUUUAAUUACGCCAGCAUUUGUUCCUCUAUCGGAAUUUCUCCACAAGGACCUGGUUACAACUGCCUAUGUGACGAGCACAUUCAUCCUGCUGGGCGGUUUCUCCUCAGUCUUUUGGAACCCAAUCGCCAACGUCUAUGGCCGCCGGCCUGUAUAUAUCGGCACUGUCGCCGUCGCUGUUGCCAUGUGCGGAUCGUCUGGAGCGGCCAAAAACUACGGGACUCUUAUAGCUCUUCGAUGCCUCAACGGUUUCUUUGGUUGUGUGCCACUGGGUUUGGGAAGUGCCACUGUUUGCGACAUGUAUUUUGCCCAUGAGAGAGGCCUCUAUAUGGGUGUCUAUACUAUCAGUUUCCUGACCGGUGGACACAUUGCGCCUCUCAUCGGUGGUUAUAUCGAGAAGAACCUGAGCUGGCAUUGGUGCUUCUACGUCCCAGCCAUUAUCACAGGCGGUGUCCUCGUUAUCUUCAUCUUUACCGUUCCCGAAACGCUGUACUCUCGCACUCCUGCAGCUCUGGCGCGUCCGUCCCAAUCAUGGAGGUCGAAUAUGCUUAUGAAGAGGCGGGCACAUCCCACGCGCAAGGUGCGGCUUAUAGACUUUUUCCGUCCAUUCCAGAUGAUGAUGUAUCCAAGCGUCACAAUACCGACUUGGUGCUACUCGCUGUGCUUCGCCUAUGGCAGCAUUCUGUUCAUCAUCACCAGCGCAAAUCUCUUUGGCAAAAUUUAUCACUUCAAACCACAACAAACUGGUCUCUUGUUGGGUAUUCCGAUUACAGUUGGCAGUCUUAUCGGCGAAUUGUUUGCUGGAGGGGUAUCAGACUGGAUCAGCGAAAGGCGCGCACUGAGGCGUGGCGGCGAGCGCAGCCCUGAAGAUCGACUGCUGGGCAUCAUUCCAGCCGCAUUCCUGGUUCCUCUUGGCAUCAUUAUCGAGGGUGUCUGUCUUCAGAAUAAAACCCAUUGGAUCGGAGUCGCUUUUGGAAUUGCCAUUGCAAGUUUUGGUCUGCAGGUUAUUACUACGGGAGUUUAUACUUAUACCGCAGAAUGCUACAAACCGCAAGCCCCCGAACUCGGCUCGUUGAUCAAUUUUGGGAGGCAAGUGUACAGUUUCACCAUUGGAUUUUAUGCCAUUCCUUUUGCAAACUUGAUUGGGAUUGAGGAUGCUUGGAUCACGUUGGCAAUGAUUACUUUUGCCUUCUUCUUGCCACUCAUUCCUCUAUAUUAUAAGGGUGCGGAGUGGAGGAAGCGUCUUGGCAAGCCAACUUUUCACCAGGACUUGUAA